CGCAAUCAGAUGCUGAAUGCUGAAUGCUGAAUCAUCACACUUCCAACUCAAUAAUGAAAACGUUUUAUGUUUUUUACUUUCGUAGAUCUAAUUUAUAUGUAAUUAUGACGACUUGUUUUCCAUUAGAUACUUCAAGCUCCUACAUGAACUGAAAUUUAAUGUAGUAACGCAAUCUUUACAAUAUGUUCAAACUUCAUCUCUGCGAUUUUUCACACGCUAUUGAAUUGAAUCCGAAAAAACUUGUCGAGCGAAAUUUGUAAACGUCACCUUACAAGGCACGUUCCUGUUAUCUCAUUCACAUGACGAAUAAGAGUUAUAUAUAUAUUGUGGGGUAGCACAAAAUGAAAGCAAAAUAUAACCCUCAAUAAUUAUUAUAUAAAUGCAUGUAUAUAUAUACCCACAAUUUCUCCCCAUGUAAACAUACCAAUAGCUCAAAGCCGCACCUAUUUUCUCCCCUAAACAAAAUUCAGGUCAUGGACGUGUUGUUGUUAUUAUUUGUUAUCUUGGUUGGUUGGCCAAACCUGGUUGUAGUAGAGAGCCGAAAAGCACCAGUUGUGGACUACUUUGAGUAUUGUGCUUUGAGCUGCAGAGCUUAUAGUGCCUCAUUGGAAGAGUUUGGAGGGGUUGGUGAUGGAACAACUUUGAACACAAAAGCCUUUCAGGCAGCCAUAGAUCAUUUGAGUCAGUAUGCAUCAAGUGGUGGGUCUCAACUUUAUGUUCCCCCAGGAAGGUGGUUAACUGGAAGCUUCAAUCUCACCAGCCAUUUCACAUUAUUCCUACACAAGGAUGCUGUGAUUCUUGGCUCUCAGGAUGAAAAUGAUUGGCCAGUGAUUGAUCCCCUGCCAUCUUAUGGCAGAGGGAGGGACACGCAAGGUGGAAGGUUUAGCAGCCUAAUUUUUGGAACCAACCUCACAGAUGUGGUCAUAACUGGUGACAAUGGCACAUUAGAUGGACAAGGUGAUUUGUGGUGGCAAAAAUUCCACAAGGGGGAGCUCAGUUAUACCCGGCCUUACCUGAUUGAAAUCAUGUACUCAGACAAUGUUCAGAUAUCCAAUCUCACUUUGGUUAAUUCUCCAUCUUGGAAUGUCCAUCCUGUAUACAGCAGCAACGUUGUUGUUCAAGGAAUCACAAUUCUUGCUCCUGUGACAUCGCCAAAUACAGAUGGAAUCAACCCUGACUCUUGCACAAACACAAGAAUUGAGGAUUGUUAUAUAGUGUCCGGGGAUGAUUGUGUGGCUGUGAAGAGUGGUUGGGAUCAGUAUGGUAUAGCAUAUGGAAUGCCAACAAAACAACUUGUGAUCAGAAGACUCACUUGUAUUUCUCCAUUCAGUGCUGUGAUUGCUUUAGGGAGUGAAAUGUCUGGUGGGAUUCAAGAUGUGAGGGCCGAGGACAUUAUAGCCAUCAAUUCAGAAUCAGGGGUCAGGAUCAAAACUGCUGUGGGAAGAGGAGGCUAUGUCAAGGACAUAUAUGUUAGAAGAAUGACCAUGAAAACCAUGAAAUGGGCAUUUUGGAUGACAGGAAAUUAUGGCUCUCACGCUGAUGACAACUAUGAUCGUAAUGCACUUCCUGUGAUUCAGAACAUUAAUUAUCGUGACAUGGUUGCUGAGAAUGUCACUAUGGCAGCAAGGUUGGAGGGUAUAUCGGGUGCCCCUUUUACUGGAAUCUGCAUAUCCAAUGUAACCAUUCAACUGGCUAAGAAGGCUAAAAAAGUUCCAUGGACUUGCGCUGAUGUUGCGGGGAUUUCAAGUGAUGUGAAACCUACGCCGUGUGAUCUGUUGCCAGACCAAGAAGAGAAGAUAGGGGCAUGUACCUUCCCAGAAGACAGGUUGCCCAUCGAAGAUGUCAAGGUCCAAACGUGCACUUACAGAAGGAAUUUAUGAUAAUAGUGUAAAAGGAAUGGCUUAGUUCAAGGGAACAAUCCAAAGCAAACAAUGUAAUACUUAAAAAUUGUAUUUAAAACAUUGCGUACUUAUAAAGACUCUGAACAGGGGGACAAGAAGAACAAUGAUACAGAAAUGAGUCAACAAUAAAUACACAAUUUCGUUGUCAUUUCACGAAAUUCAUUGUUUUUUUUGCCUGAACCUUGCAAAACAUAAGUAGGUACCAGGUAGAAGGAACGAUCACACAAUUAUUUGAUUGCUAUUGCUGCAUUCAAAAGGGAGAUAGUUUCGUUAUGCAAACUUAUUAUGAUUAACAACUCUUUAGUGUUACUUUUA